AAUGAGGAUUUAUUUCCUGAUUUUUUCGAGCAGGCGUUUUUAGGCUUUCUUCGUUUUUUUUCUUCUUUUUUUCUUCUUGUGACGGGGCCGCCGAUGGUCCAAUCGCCGGAACCUCGUUUUGGGGAGGAAUGUUUUACCUUUGUGAUAUCCUCCAUGGUUUUGCUUUAUUGGCUUUUCAUACCCUCUACUGCUAUCAUCUUGUUUCUUUUCUCGUUCUUCCUUUUUUUCUCUGGCGCAUCUUUAUCGCUUACUUUUUCCAGUCUCAUCUUUCUCUGGUCAUCCUCGUAUCUUCAUGCGCGCGGUUGUCACCCGUGUAGAUGUGUGUGUGUGUGUGUGUGUGUGUGUUUUUUUUUCUUCUUUUUUUUUCAGUUUGGCAUGUCUCGUUCUGUGAGACAUCACGAGGGAUGACUUUGUCGCCCUGUCGAGUCAUACACUCAUAUUUAUUUUCUAUGUCUUCUUUCUACUCUGAGGCCAUAAUGCGUGUUUGGAAGAUAUCCAGUCUGUUGGAGUUUUGGCGCUCGACAUGGAUUGGUUAGUUGGCAGGCUCGGACACGACAUUCGUGUCCUUUGGAGCAGCUUUGUACUGUUGUUUUGUUUAUAUUAUAGACUGGGCUUUUGUUUAUUGACCUGGUCUCUUUAUUACCUGAUUUUACUGUACACUUUUGAUCUGUCAUGCAAUUCCAUUUCGGCGGUAUGUAGCGACUCUGUACGUUUUCUUUGCCAACUGUAAUUCUCUAUUCGCGCUUAUAUACAGUAUAGACCACAUACUCAGAACAUGAAUUGCCAAAAGCAAAAUCGCCACCC